CCGUGUCUAAUUCUAGUAAUUACAGUCAAUACUCACGGAUAACUACAAACCAAUAAAUAUAAUAUAAUAAAAUCAAACAAAUACAUUGACGUUUUUUUUUCUUAUUAAAACUUUUAUUUUGACAAAACUGCACUGACAGGAAGUAGCGCGCUAAGAUUCCAUAAGUCCGCUUUCGCUUUGUGGGUUACCAUGAUAACGACACCGGUUUUUGUUAACAUCUCACGGAUUUAAACAUGCAACCAAAUUUAUAUCAAACGGAACACUUCUUAACCUCGUCUUACUUCCGUGUUUCGCUUCAGGAAGAGCUGCCAGAGUAUUUCCUCAUUAAUGGUGUUUCUCACAGUAAAGCAGUUAUAGGACACUUGACUCUGAACUCUUUCAGCACUGUCACAGUCAACACACUCUGCUGGAAAUGCGGAUAUUCAGCUGAAUUAUUUUUCUGUCCGUCCUGUAAUGUCACGCAGCCUCCUGAUGACAAGACGAAUUACUUUGACAUCUUGAGCUGUGUCACUCACAUCGCCGUGGAACAUGUCACCAAAGAGCAGGAAUAUUCAGAAGAACAAUCAGUAUUGGUGAACAAAGCCUACAGAACGCUGCAGAAACCUCUGCGUCGGGCUGUCUACAUGCUGGAGCUGCGAGGGGUUUUGCUGGAGGAAGGUACAGACGCCACCGCGGACCCCAUGUUUCACCUUGAGGUCAUGGAGAUCAACGAGAGCCUCGCAGAGAUGUGGAGCCAAGACGAGGUCAUCGCUAUCGGGCGGUCUGUGCGAGAGAAACUGAUAGACUUGACUGAACGGAUGAAUCAUCCAUCAACAAAGUCUCUUUUCACAGGGGAUCUGCUGACCGCCAAAGAGCUCCUGGCCCAAAUGAAGUACUUCACAAACAUAGAGGAGAAGGUAAAAGACAGAAUUGCUGAGGGAAAAUUGUAA